UGUCACUUCCGUUUCUCCGAGAGAGAGGGGCAAUACCGGUUUGACUUUCCAGCGAAGAACCGUGAGAGCGUAUUUUCGGAUGCGAUUUCUUUAUCUAGGGUUUUUACAUCUAGUUUGUUUAUAUUCUGAUGCUUCUAUUCAGAUCAGCAAUUGCGUGAUUCUAAUUUCGACGAAUUUUCGGCCUGAUCUGUUUCUCGCGCGGCGUUUUCCUUCCAUUCCUUGCCUUGAACCUCUGCUUCGAGAUCUAAGCGUUUCGCCUUCCGGCAUUCGCAGCCCUGCCGUCGUCGCUUCUUCCCUUUUCGUCUGGGCUUCCCUUUUUGCAGCUCGCACUCUCUAGAUAUAGUCGAAGAAAGCUAUUCAGACGCUUUGAAGGAGUGCGAGGGAGGGCAGGUCCUUGGAUCGAGGAGCGAGAUGUGUGGGAUUUUUGCCUACUUGAAUUACAAUGUGGCGAGGGAGAGGCGGUACAUCCUGGAGGUUCUCUUCAAUGGUCUUCGGCGCCUCGAGUACAGGGGCUACGACUCUGCUGGGAUCGCCAUCGAUGCAGAUCUCCGUCCGCCAGUGACCAACGAGAAGAAGAGCGACUACGGCAGUGGGGAGGAAGAGAUGUUGCCACCGUACGAUUCACCGCCGCCCCUCGUCUUCCGUCAGGAGGGCAAAAUCGAGUCCCUCGUUAGAUCUGUCUACUUUGAGGUGGAUGCAAUGGAUCUAAAUUUAGAACAGUCUUUUCCUGUUCAUGCUGGAAUUGCUCACACUCGAUGGGCUACUCAUGGUGUGCCAUCUCCAAGAAAUAGUCAUCCACAAUCAUCAGAUGCAUGGAAUGAGUUCUUGGUUGUUCACAAUGGGAUCAUAACUAAUUAUGAGGUUCUAAAGGAAACACUUGUCCGUCAUGGCUUCACCUUUGAAUCAGAAACUGAUACAGAAGUUAUUCCAAAGCUUGCAAAGUUUGUAUUUGAUAAAGCUCGUGAGGAAGGCGAACAGACUGUCACAUUUAGUCAAGUUGUUACAGAAGUCAUGAGACAACUCGAAGGAGCCUUUGCGCUUAUAUUUAAAAGUGCACACUAUCCAAACGAAUUGAUUGCUUGUACACGUGGUAGCACCUUGAUCUUGGGUGUGAAAGAAUUAAUUGACGAUAAAGUUAGAGGAAAGUUAUUUCACGAUGUAAAAGAUCUCACAAAAGAUGAGAAGCCCAAAGAGCUCUUUUUCUCUAGUGACUUGUGUGCCAUUGUGGAACACACAAAAAAGUAUUUGGCUAUUGAAGAUAAUGAGGUUGUACACAUAAAGGAUGGUUGUGUAUCGAUACUGAAGUUUGAUUAUGGAAAAGAGAAGCCUGCAUCUGUACAACGGGCAUUAUCUGUGCUGGAGAUGGAAGUUGAGCAGAUAAAGAAAGGAAAUUAUGAUCAUUUUAUGCAGAAAGAAAUACAUGAACAGCCACAUUCAUUAACUACUACAAUGAGGGGAAGACUUAAAGAUAAUAGUGUUGUUUUGGGUGGACUCAAGGAACAUCUGAAAACAAUAAGACAUAGCAGAAGGAUCAUCUUCAUUGGCUGUGGUACAAGUUAUAAUGCAGCUUUAGCUGCAAGACCAUUAUUUGAAGAACUGUCUGGUAUCCCUGUGACCAUGGAACUGGCAAGUGAUUUACAGGACAGACAAGGUCCAAUUUAUAGGGAAGAUACAGCAGUUUUUGUCAGUCAGUCUGGAGAAACUGCUGAUACCCUCCUAGCUCUUGAAUAUGCAUUGGCAAAUGGGGCAUUAUGUGUUGGUGUAACAAAUACUGUGGGUAGUACAUUAGCUAGAAAAACACACUGUGGUAUUCACAUUAAUGCAGGAUGUGAGAUUGGUGUUGCUAGUACGAAGGCAUACACAAGUCAGAUAGUUGCUAUGGCUAUGAUGGCACUGGCUAUUGGAGCUGACAGAAUAUCAACUCAAGCAAGAAGACAAGCUAUAGUAGACGACCUUUCAAACCUACCAUAUAAAAUUUCAGAGGUUCUGAAACUUGAUGGUGAAAUGAGGGAUCUUGCUGAAUCUUUGAUAGACACACAGUCUCUCCUUGUGUUUGGAAGAGGAUACAACUAUGCGACUGCUUUAGAGGGUGCUUUAAAAGUAAAAGAAGUUGCACUCAUGCAUAGUGAGGGCAUGCUUGCUGGUGAAAUGAAACAUGGUCCACUGGCUUUAGUGGAUGAGACACUUCCCAUCAUUGUCAUUGCCACACGUGAUGGUUGCUUCAGUAAGCAACAAUCAGUAAUUCAACAACUUCAUGCACGGAAAGGGCGUCUGAUAGUAAUGUGCUCAGAGGGAGAUGCAUCAUCUGUGAGACCUGUAGAAUCUUGCAAAGUUAUUGAAGUACCUCAAGUUGCUGAUUGCUUACAACCAGUUAUUAACAUAAUUCCUUUGCAGCUUCUAGCAUACCAUCUAACAGUUCAGCGUGGCUAUGAUGUCGAUCAACCAAGGAAUCUUGCAAAGAGCGUGACGACUCAAUGAAUGGAGGACAUAAUUUCUUUCAACUUCUUUUCUUGGACACCAUUGCAGAGUGUCAUUUUGACGUAGUAGGGAUGAGUGUUUUUGGUAUAUUGUAAAUUUCGACUCUGGAUUAUUUACCAUCCUCUUCAGUGUUUCUGCCAUCCUGCGUGUAAAAUAUGUCGAUCGCAAUGUAACAGAGUCGUUUGUUCAGUGAAGAAUGUGAUUUGUUUGGCUUUAC